UAAACGAACAGCGCCAACGCCACUCACGCCGUCGCACUUACUAUAUACGCCGCACCGCUCGCCGCCGCAGUUUGUUUUUUCCGCGUAUUUUCGUCGCCUAAUCCGCCGCGCAACCGCGGUCCACCCCCGGCCGCCGCCCGCACACCCCGCCCCGAGAGUGCGCGACGGACCGCGCGGCUCGCACACACGUACGCGCAAGAAGAAGUCGUCGUUCCGCGGAAACUCCGAGGGCCGCGCACACCCGACCGACCGGAAUCGGUAAUUUUACGUCACCUAAGUCCGAUCGAAAAAUUGUCCUCCUUCGCGGGAGUAGUAUUCAGUAUCAGCAGUGUACAUAUCCAACGGCCCGUGGCCCGUCAUCUGCAGUCGUAUCCGUCACAUCCCCCCCGCCUGGUAUAUACCUGGUAUACCGCGCAGUGGCCGCCCCGCGUAUAUUAUAUGUUAUAAUAUUAUAAUUAUUGCCCUCGCGCAUUAUAAUAUAUUAUUGUUAACACGAUAAUUUUAAAAUAUAAUACAAUACUACUGUAUUAUUAUCUGCACUACACAACAACAGCAGCCCGCCACCGCCGCCGCCGUCGCCACUGUCGCGGCGAGCCCGCGAACCGCUGCCGCAUCCGCCGACAAGUCCGUUUUCCCGCCGCUCCGCAAAGGUGAAUUCAAACGAUAUUGUCAUCCGCACUCCGGCUUAACCACCAUGGCUGUAUUGAACGCAGUUCAAGGAUUUUUCGACAACUAUGGAGACCCUCGUACCAAGGAUUGGUUUUUGAUGAGCAAUCCUCUACCAACGGCACUGAUAUGCGCUACGUACGUGUUCACCGUCAAAAUUGCGGGGCCGCGAAUUAUGGCCAACCGCAAACCAAUGGAGCUGAGGAACAUACUCAUCGCAUAUAAUCUUUUCCAAGUCAUAUUCAGCUCUUGGUUGUUUUAUGAGCUUGGCAUAUCAGGUUGGCUGACUGGCAGGUAUAAUUUCCGGUGUGAGCCGGUAGAUUACUCGAAUCAUCCAAUGACCCUGCGGAUGGUCAACGUAUGUUGGUGGUAUUAUUUCUCAAAAUUCACAGAAUUCAUGGACACGAUAUUCUUUGUUCUCCGCAAAAAGGAUAGGCACAUUUCGACCCUGCACGUGAUUCAUCACGGAGUGAUGCCAUUGAGCGUGUGGUUUGGAGUGAAGUUCACACCAGGCGGUCACAGCACGUUCUUUGGACUGCUGAACACGUUCGUCCACAUAAUCAUGUACUCGUACUACCUGUUGGCUGCCUUGGGCCCCAACGUACAGAAAUACUUGUGGUGGAAGAAGUACUUGACCACCCUGCAGAUGCUGCAAUUCUUGGCCAUCAUGCUGCAUGCGUUCCAACUCCUCUUCAUCGACUGCAACUACCCCAAAGCUUUCGUCUGGUGGAUCGGCAUGCACGCCGUAAUGUUCUUCUUCUUGUUCAAGGAGUUCUACAAGCAACAGUACACGAAACCGUCGAAACAAACGGUCGGCGCCCAAUCCAAACCCUCGGCCAACGGCUCGUCCAAGUCGUCGAACGGCUACAGCAAACAGUCGGACUACUACAUAAACAGCAACGGACUGUCUAGGCCCGACCUGGUGCACAGGGCUACGACCGGAGCGAACUGACCGCUGCCGCAGCCGCUGACGACGGCAAGCCACAGCAGCCGCCGACAUCGCCGCCGACGCUGCUAGACGGUCGCUGCUGCUGCCGCUGCCGCCGCCAACAAUAUUGCUCAACACGCCCAAAUUAAUAAUAUUAUUUGACCUACGGAUGCGUCUGUGUUCCGAGCAGACGUUUUUUUUUUUUUAGUGGACAAAUUUCUCUAUCCACUCACCCUCUCCCCAAACUCUCUAUCUCUAUCUCUCUACAUCUCUUUUCCCCCUUUUUAUUAUUAGAUAUAAUUAUUUUUAAUAUUAUUAUAUCGUAUAUACAUAUUAUGCAUAAUAUGUAUAUUAUAUAUAUGUAUUAUUAUUAUUUAGUAUAAUAAUGUGGUCUGUUUUUUGGUUUUGUUUGUAUUGCCCCUCUGUCGCUGUUAAGUCGGUACGCCCGGUCGUUGUGGCGAUCGCUUCUGUGCAUACGAAAGAAAAAUCCAUAAAAAAAAAAGAAAUCGAGUGAGAUUAUUAUUUUUUUUCUUCAUUAUAAUAUAUUUUUAUUUUGAGAACCCGGGGCUACAUACAUUACGAUAUAAAAAAUACCACAUAAUGUGUAUGUACGAUAUGCAAUAUAUAUAUAUAUAUAUUAAUUUAUAAGUCUGUCUAUUAUCGUACGUUAUAGUAAUAAUUAUUGUAUACUAUCGUGUUAGGUGUUGGAAAUUAACAGUCCGCAUAUUAUCGUGUGUAUAAACGUUUUACGCAUUUCUUUGCGUUUUGUACAAAUAUUUUUUUCGUUUUAAAUUUGUGUAAGACACGUGAACAGAUUAAAAAAAAUAUUUUUUUCAGACGAAACCAUUUCGAUAUAAAAUCCAGUCGUGUUUUUCAAAAUAUUUUGAUGUGAUACCUAUGUAACGUUUGUUUUAUAUAUUUUGUGUAAUAAUUUAAACCAUAUGUGAUUAUUAUUAUUAAUAUUUUUAUUAUUAUUAUUAUUAUUAUUAUUAUUAUUAUUAUUAUUAUUUUGUACGAAACACGGCCUCACGUGCCUUAGUAUUACGGGACCAGUGUAAUUACUAAUAAUAAUUAAGAGAUUAUAUUAUACACUUUCGUGUAUAAUAAUAUUAUCAUGUUUACGUUACAAAGAAAUUGUAUACUGUUUAGUAUUGUAUAAUAUAUUAUUAUAAUAAUGAAAAUAAAGGUUCCCGGUAUUUUUAUGUGCCAGCAAAUACGAACGAA